UGAGAAGAGGAACUGAGAGCACUUCGUAGUUUCCUGCCAAGUGUGCAGAAAGUCUAGGUCAGGUUCACACACACACGUACGUAUGUACACACACAUACUCUCGCAUCCGUACAAACCCCCCACGCACGCGCCUUUCGACGCACCUUACGGCUGAGCGUCGUAACGGAGUCGAUGGAAAAGAAAAAGUCAUUAGUCACUGUUUGUCCCUGAGUUUUUCCAGUCUGAACCAAGAAGCGGUUUUCCUGCGUCCCGAAGGAUCUUAUAUAAAGGUAAGUGUACACCUGUAGCCAGUACGAACAACACCAAAUCAAAGAAUCAUUAGUCCAUUACAGCUCCGAUCAGCUUGAGUGAAUAGCAUAGCUGAAGAUGAGGACGCUCUUCUCUUUUGUUCUGUGUGCUCUCCUGGCAAUGACAUGCUGGGCUGAAACAACACCUGCCAUAACAAACAAAGACAUGCUACAGGCUGCUAUUAGACAAGUUACACAGCUUAAAAUAACAAAGCAGACUGACUCACUUUUCUACUCACCAACCACUGGCAUCGAGGACUGUUGCUCUUGGUCUGCCCUUGAAUGUUUCAACUCCCAACUGCUCAACAUCCCCACCAGUAAUAAAGACCUGCAGGCCAAACUGCACAAAAAUCUUCGCAAGAAAGUCAUUGUGUCUAGUGUGGACAGGUGCACUGUGGAACAGAAAUCGAAAGUCAAAUGCCAGUCCUGUAACUCCUACCCAAUGAUCGACAGCCAUGAAUUUAUGAAGAAUUUACUGAGCCUCUUGCAGAAGUCCUUCAUGCAGCUUCCAUAAAAAGAAGAUGACGAGUAGAUGAUGAUGACAUGCGAAUGUGUGGACGACACUACCUCACAAAGCCCUGGUGCAGGCUAAAGCCCUCUGGAACAAUUCAUCUAUUUAUUGCCUAUUUAUUCAUUGUUUUCUAUGCUGUUAUAGUGAGAAGUGGCCUUAUUUUUCUAAUAUUUUUUGAUAUGCUGUCAGUGUGGUUGAGAAGUGGACCAAAAGUUUUAAAUUAUUUAAAUUGUUGAGAUGUAUUUAUAAUGUAUGGAAAUAUAGUAUAAUGUAGUUAUGACACAUUGUUUUCAACAGUCAGUACUGAGUGUCACAUAUACCUAAAGCUGUUAUAAACUGGUAUGGGGGACAGAAUUUAACUAGGCCUAGGCCUGAUUGAUUUGUAGAUGCUGCUAUAGCUCCUCCUAAUAUGUAGGCAAAAUAAUACAGUUUUGUCCUUCUAUGUUCAAUUCGUUUCAAAAACAGCAAAAAUAUGUGCCUUAUUGGUGUUAAUUGAAGUAUCUUCAAGAAUGAUAUACUCAUGUCUCAUAAUGAGACUUACUGUAUCACUUAAUUGUUUUGUAUUAUUUGUUAUUUAUUUGCUAAUAAAAGUGGUUUAGCUGAAA